GAUUUUUUACUAGUUUGUUUGCAGAAACAAGAUGAACGGCUGUGGAAGAGCAGUUUCCGUAGUCCGUAGAUAUUCUACUGGAGCCAGAAAUGAUGUUUUUAUCGUAGGUGCUGCUAGAACCCCUAUGGGCGGGUUUAGAGGCUCCCUCUCCUCUCUAACUGCUCCUCAACUGGGAGCUUUAGCUAUCAAAGCAGCUGUUGAACGAGCUGGAUGUCCGUUGGAAGCUAUUGACGAGGUUUAUAUGGGAGCUGUUCUUCAGGCAAACAUGGGUCAGGCUCCUGACCGUCAAGCGGCUCUGUUCGCCGGUCUUCCCACAUCUGUUCCUUGCACUGCGGUCAACAAGGUUUGUGCUAGUGGCAUGAAGAGUAUUAUGCAGGCUUCCCAAUCCCUACAGCUGGGACAGAAUAAUGUUAUGGUCGUAGGAGGUAUGGAGAGUAUGUCCAAUGUACCCUACUACAUGGCUCGGGGCGAUACACCUUACGGAGGCAUUACAAUGAAGGAUGGAUUGGUAGGAGAUGGUUUGACUGAUGUAUAUAACAAGUUCCACAUGGGAAACUGUGGAGAAAACACAGCUAAAAAUCUGAAUAUAAGCCGAGAGGAGCAGGAUGCCUACGGGAUCCAAAGCUAUAAACGAGCAGCUGCUGCCUACGCAAACGGAGAUAUUAAGGAUGAAUUGAUCCAAGUUGAGAUUAAAGGGAAACGUGGCAAACCCUCAACCCACGUGACAGAGGACGAAGAGUUCAGAAAAGUAAAUUUUGAAAAGUUUUCAAAACUUGGAACAGUUUUCCAGAAGGACGGAGGAACCGUUACUGCAGGAAAUGCGAGUACACUCUCUGAUGGAGCAGCUGCUACUGUUCUAAUGACAGAAGAGGCGCUCAAGAAAUACGGAGGAACACCGCUGGCAAGAAUAAUUGGCUACGCUGAUGGCGCAACUGAACCUAUAGAUUUCCCCAUUGCUCCAAAGUUUUCCACAGAAAAGUUACUCAAGAUGGUUGGCAUGACGCCUUCUCAGGUUGAUUUAUGGGAGAUAAAUGAGGCUUUCAGUGUAGUUGUUCUUGCAAAUAUGAAGCUUCAUGAUCUAGAUCCAGAGAAGGUUAAUAUUCAUGGUGGAGCAGUUUCCCUUGGCCACCCCCUUGGAGCUAGCGGUACCAGGAUUGUCAAUCACUUGGUGUACGCCCUUAAAUCCGGCCAGAGGGGCGUGGCUAGUAUUUGCAAUGGAGGGGGUGGAGCAUCUUCAAUCAUGAUUGAGAAGUUGUAAAUUAUAUAUUUAAUAGUUUCUACUGGUUCUACCUCUAGUCCAAUACAAUAACCAUUGUAAA